AGUAGCUUCUAAAAUGUAGGACCAAAUUUUAUAUUUUAUAUAUUUUUGGUAGCCACGUUGCAUAAAAAUCUCUUUCGUUAGUAGUAAGAUAUAUACAGCGUACCGGAUGCGGCAAAAAUAAAUAAAAAUAUAAAAAACGUGGCUAUAAGUAUAAUUCAUUCAACAACAUAUAUACUUCAAACAAUUAUCAAAAUUACUAUAUGGUGAUGAAAAUGGGUGGUCAGUACCUUGUGUUCCUGUUUCUCAGCUUAGCUGCUUUCCUCUUCAGUUUCUCCCAAGCAAGAUCAAUUACUACUUCAACAAAGCCACAAAUUCUCAUCGAAACCAAUCAGACGGCAGCUACAGCUCGACGUUGCCCAUACACAUUGACGAUUAAAACAAGCUGUACUUCACCUAAGUCCACCCGAGACAGAGUCAGUAUUGCUUUUGGAGACUCUUACGGAUUUGAAGUCUACGCUCCCAGGAUAGAUAAUCCAUCUUCGAAGAUAUUCGAGAGCUGUUCUACUGAUACUUUCCAGAUCCAUGGCCCCUGUAUUUAUGAGGUCUGUUAUCUUAACUUGAAGAGAGUUGGAUCCGACGGAUGGAAACCUGAGAGUGUUAAGGUGUACGGUCCAGAUCGUCCUGCUAUUGCCUUCAAGUAUGAUAAGUUUCUGCCUAAUGGAGUCUGGUUUGGAUUUAAUCACUGUCAUAAACGCUCUCCAUAGGAAUCGAAAUUAUGUAUGAUAUUUGCGUUUUGCAGAUUUAUUUAAUCAGUGUAUUUAAAAGUGUUGCUGGAGAAUAACUACUUGUUGGGAUGGUUGUAAUUUCCUAUUGUAUUGUAUGUGUGGGUACUUUACUAAAUUUUAUUGAAUUUUGUUAUUUAAUGAUAAAUAUCGUUUUAUGUAA